GCGUGCCUGUCCUCGCGAGGCCCCGCCGAGAAGCUGUCGCUCCUGCUGCGAGGGCCUGAUCUCUGUGAUGACGUCUCCGGGAUCUACCGACGCCUGGAGCGCGGCCGGGACUCUCUUCAGCAGAGACUCGGGUCCCCGACCUCCCCGCCUUUCCUCUUCCGCUCACUCGGUUCCCGGAAGCUCCCGCCGACGCUCACGCACGCGCGCACUUCGGUUAGGCUCGGACGCCGAGGUGGGAGAACGGUGGAGGCGUGGCUGCGCGUGCGCAGGGCAAGGGAGGACCGGAACGCCCGACUGGGCGCGAGAGUCCGUAGCGGUCGCAGUUCCCAGAUAUACUUUUGACAUCAUGGAUCGAUAUGGAGAUAUAUCAGAAGGUGAAGUGGACCAUUCUUUCUUUGACAGUGAUUUUGAAGAUGCAAAAAAGUGUGACAGUAAUUUAGUUUUUGACAAGCAAAAUGAUGACCUUAAGGAAAGAAUAGAUAAGGACACCAAAAAUGUAAACUUGAAAUUUGAAAUACAAGAUGAUGACCUUAAAGAGAGAAUAGAUAAUGAUACAGAAAAUGUGAACUUGGAACUUGGAAUCCAGACAAAGGAAAAUUACCUUACUCAGAAAGGAAAUGAAAGAAAAGCAAAAGUUUCCUCAAAGGAAUACCACGUAGAAAAUGAUCCUACACAGUCAAGAAGUUCCUCGUCGACCGCUUCUUCAAGAUCAAAAAAAUCGUGUGAUGAUGCAAAAGGACAUAAAUUACACUUGUCUGUUGCAAAUAGAAUUCCUAAAAUUGUAAAAGGUGAGGACGAUUACUACACAGAUGGAGAGGAAAGCAGCGACGAUGGAAAAAAAUUCCAUGUGAGGGCCAAGUCAGCUAAGCCCUCCAACAACUUCAAAAAAAACGCAAAUAAAAAGUAUUCCAAAAUCAGUUCCUCCUCUUCUUUGUCUUCCUCAUCUUCAAGGUCAAGUUCAGACUGCUCAGAUACAGGAUCCGAUACCCAUAAAUCCGAUUCACGCUCAUCAUCAAGGAAACAUGCUUCUGGUGUAACCCCCUCGUCACCAAAACAGAGGUGUAAAUCAGGAAGAAAAUCAGUGAGUACACAGCCUGCAAGUGCUAAACCAAAAGCUGGUAACUACAAUGAGGAAUCAGAGAAUGCUGUAACAGACGUAACUCCUUUGUCAACGCCAGACAUCAGCCCUAUCCAGUCGUUUGAACUAGGCACAUCACAUGAUCAGAAAGUAAAAGUUAAAAGGCAAGAAAAUGUGAGCCGGGAUGUAUAUGAGGAUGUGGAGGCUUUAAAACAUGAGCCAAGACCUCUGAAAUCAGCCAGAAGGAAAGAAAAGCAUGGGCAGAAUUUUGCUCCAAGAUCAUCAGUGUUAGAUGCAAAUCUAGACCAUAGAUCCAAACAGAAAGUCUUAAAUGACACCAUGGACCUUAAUCAUCUGCUGAAAGGCAGAGGACGUAGCUCAGUAGUACCGUGCUUGGCUAGAAUGGACAAGACCCCGGGUUCAGUUCCCACCACCACCCAACAAAAAUCAUUUGCUUUUCUGCAGUUAGAUAAAAAGGGACCACAAAAACAUCACUUUGAGCAGCCUUCUGUAAUGCCUAGGAAAAACUACUCUUUCACAAGAGAAGAGGUGAGACAGAUUGAUCGGGAAAAUCAGAGGCUUUUGAAAGAACUGUCAAGACAGGCUGAAAAACCAGGAAGCAAAAGUACAAUUCCCGGAAGAUCGAUUGGCCAUCCCCCUAAGUUAUAUCAUAGUGCUCUCAACAGACAGAGGGAACAACAAAGGAUUGAAAGAGAAAAUUUGGCUUUAUUGAAACGGCUUGAAGCUGUGAAACCAACAGUUGGCAUGAAGCGCUCUGAACAGCUGAUGGACUAUCAUCGAAAUGUGGGCUAUCUCAACCCUUCACCAUCCAUGAGACGCGUGAGAUCUACUCUUGGCCAUUAUAGCCCACUGAGAGGAGCUUCCAGGACAUCCAGUGCGACCAGUGGCUUCAGUUGUAAGACUGAUCGAUCAAUGUUGGACGCAUCCAGUGGCUUUUUGCUAAGACCGAAACCCCCGAAUGUUCGUACUGCUUGGUUGUAAAACCUUUUUUUAUGGUAUACAUUGUUCAUCUUAUUUUAACAAUGUAUUUUUAUGUAUUACUGUAACUCUUUGUAAACAUCUGUAAUACCUUUUUCAAAAAUUUAUACAAUAAUGAGUAUAAUUUAUUGUUAUUCAGCGCAAAAUUGUUACCAAAACACACUUUGAUGUAAAAAUCAGUGUUUUGUAUGGUGGUGUGUGUAUAGGAGCUCUGUGUUUAACAGAGAGCGGUGUUGUGCAUGGCUCUUUCUGUGGAAAUUCACUAGUGAUGCUGACAAACGGUGGUGAUCCCUGUUGAGCCAGGACACUCACUCUGCUUACUCUGUUGUUUUCAGUUAUUGUAAGCGUGACUGUAUGCGCCUCAUGCCUCUGUGUCUUUAGAGUGCCUGCCACAUGAGCCAUCACUUGGUUAUGUGAUUGUUACACUCCUUAUGAAAAAAGUCUUGAAAUUUGUUUUCAUGGAUGAGCUGAUUUCAGUUUGAUGAGGAGGGUGAGCAGCUUGCACUGGUGCAGUUCUUGAUUCACCAGAGGUUCCUCUCUGUAAGAGUUUGAUUAGCCACUCCAAACCAUUUCACACUGAAUAACAGGGGCUCGCUUUAGAAGCUCCUGUUUUGUGUUUUUAUGCAGUCAGGUAAAAUACUCAAGGAUUCUGAGGAAAGAGGUGGCUUUAACAGCCUACUGUAAUCCUGUGGCUGGUUUGUAGCCAGAUCAUUUGCAUGAUAAACAAAAGCAAAUAUUUGUUGGGUCAGUGAGCAAUAUUCCCAGCUUGAAGAACCAAGAAGCAGCCCCAGGGUAUGUUAGCGAGUGUCUGAAAUGAUACUGUUAGUGUGUGCUGUCAUUGUGUACUUGCUGUAUUGAUAGAAGGUUAGAGUCCGGAAGAAACGCUUUAGAAAAACCAGUUAUAAACAAGAAAAACUAAUCACACAUUUCUUACAGCUACUUACUGCCUUAAACAUUUGUGAAUUUUCUUGGUUUAUUUUGGCUAAAUCCUAGAAGCACCAUUUUUACUAGUCUAACAUCUGAAGGCCUAUUUAUCCUGCUGGGCUAGUGACACAUGACACAUAGAUGCAAUAAAUAUAGUUGACUAUGAAGACUGAAAUAUGUUUGUGUCAGCCUGUGGACUGUUACUUUAUGAACAGAGUGUGAUAUUUCAUAGUCAUAGCUUUUUCAUUGCUGGUCUUGUUAGUAUACCUUUAGGACGUAUAAGUAAGUUUCAUAGUUAGUGACACGUUUUCUUGAAAUAGGAAUUAUCCCCAGCCACAGUGAGCUCUGUCAGAUUUCAGUGUUCCUGCAGUGCGGCAUGUCUGCCACACCUGCGCCACCCUCGUUAGCACCAAGGCCACCUGCACUUUACCAAUGCCAGGUCAUACGGUGUUGGUCUUAGUUUAAUAGGUUGUGUUUUAGAUAGAGCAGCAAAGGUUGGGAAUGAUGAGGCUAAAAAGAUUGCUGAGCACAUACACCAUGCACACAUAUACAUAUGGUAGAUAUGCAUACACAAACACACACAUAUGGUAGAUGUGCAUACACCACACACAUACAUAUGGUAGAUGUGCAUACACCACACAAUACACAAACACACAUACAUAUGGUAGAUGUGCAUACACCACACAAUACACAAACACACAUACAUAUGGUAGAUGUGCAUACACCACACAAUACACAAACACACAUACAUAUGGUAGAUGUGCAUACACCACACAAUACACACACAUACAUAUGGUAGAUGUGCAUACACCACACGAUACACAGACAUACACAUAUGGUAGAUGUGCAUACACCACACACAUACAUAUGGCAGAUGUGCACACACCACGCACAUACACAAACACAGCACGCACACCAUGCACACAGUGGAUGGAACACAGCACGACUGAAGGUUUCUCUGCUGCUUCCUGGGGACUGUAACAUUCUUUGAGAUCUGUCUCUUUGUUCUAGUAAACACGAUUUUAUAGCUGCUUUAUAUAACCUUCAGCUAUAUAAACAAAGGUUUUAUUUUUGUCUGAAUUUUUUAACUUAAAGUUUGUGUGACAACAAAAUGCAGCAUUUUGGCAUUUGCCCAAUAAUGAGUCAGUCACUUUUUACAAUGUAAGUUUGAGGGGAAAAGUGUGUGUAUUAGUGGCAUAGCCUGUGAGUACAUUUUAUUUGAUCUCUCCAAGUUCCAUAGAUAAAGCUGUACUUUGAUUUUAAAUGCUAAUUUAUGUCUUAGUUUUUACUAUUUGAAAGAAGUUUGUCUAAGUAUUACUGAUAACAGGGAUUCAAGAAAAGGGCAACCAUCUUUUAAAAACAAUUCACAGUGUUGUAGAUGCUACAUGAUGAUGAUAGGUGGAUGGGUAGGAACUACAAACAGAAUUCUCUGAUGUGAGCUAAGGUUAGGAGGCAUUUGUAGCGGAGGUGUCGUGAGUACACGAGUGUCUCCAACUUCCCCAGCACAGUAAACACUGUGGAGGGCUGUGGUGCAGGGGCGGCUUGUCCUUACUGAAGUUCUGCACCUGCAGCUGGAAAGCAUGUUGGUCCGUGGCCCUGGCCAGAGCUCACUGAGAACUGUUCUCAUCUCCAUCAAAUGUUAUUACCUCCUUUUCUAGUAAGAUUUGGUCAAAGAUUUCAGACUAUUAAAAUUAUUUCUUAAGGAGUAGCUACUACCUCUUUCUCCUCCAGUUUUUUCGGUCUCCAUUAAAAACUGCUCUUGACAGUUAUUCCACUUAAACUUUGUGGUUUGCCUGUAAAAUAAAGUCAUGCAGCUGUGUCCCACCCAAGCUUCAAAACGGAUUGCACAGCUUCAAAAGGCGACUGUCUAGGUCUGCUUCUCACCUCUAGAUGGAUGCAGAGCUCCAGAGUAUUAAGGUUGAUGUAGAGCUGAAGAUGAAACUUUAUCUUAGUUAGAGAUCAAACACUGUGUCAUCUUAAUGUAAGUGAUUGUAUACCGUCAUAGAAUGUGCUCACUGCUAAUGGCUGAAUUGCUUAUGUUCAUGAAUAAAGAUUA